CAUCGGGAAGUCGGGUUCAAUACGGCUUAUUCUCUCAGUGGCCCUAAUAAACCCAACGAAGAAAGAAAGAAAAAAGGCCGUGUAACUCCGAGCAUUACUCUCAUAUUUCCACUCAUACGCUGUGUUUCUCUGCAUCAUUUGUGGUAGAUAAGCUCAGCUAUAUAUGAUGCGUUCUAAAGUCACCGUGGCAGUGGCUGAGUAGCUUUGUUAAAUAUCCCCUUCAUGAAUUCCAAGAGCUGUACGAAAUUAUUCCUGGGUGAUCUGGAAGUGGACGAGACGAAAAUUUUUUUUGCCAGAAACAAGGAAGUUUCUAAAGUAGACGUUAUUGGUACAGUGGUCCGCCUUCAUGACUGUGAAAGCUUGCAAAAAUUUGACAUUGAUGAUGGGACUGGCAUAAUUCAGUGUGUAAAAUUUCAUGCUGAUGAUUCCGAGGAUGAGUGUUCUUCUGUUGAUGAAGAGGAUGCAAGCAGUGAUGAAGAUGCUUUGGAAGAAUUAAAGGACAUUUUGAUAAAGCCACUGCCUCCUCUAGAGCUUGGUGAUUUAGUGAACAUCCGAGGAUAUCUUAAUGUUUAUAAAGAGCAACCACAAAUUAUUGCUUACACCUUACGUAUCCUUUGAAAAUAUGGAAAAUUGAAUUAAACCUUGUAUCUUAUUGAUUGCAUUCAUAAUUUUCAAAUAUGGGUCGUGUUUCUGACUCAAAUGAAGAGUGGUUUCGUAUCAUGGAAAUUGAUGCUAAACUGAGAGCAAGUGAAACUUCUGCAUCAUCAGCUAAGAAAAGUAUUCGGGGACAAAGAGUAUAGUCUGCAUGUUGAAGAUCUUUGUAUUAUUGCUCAGUAUCCAGUAGUAAAUGUAGAGAAUUGUUCAAAUUUAUGUGAACAUGGAAUGUGAAAGUACAAACCGUUUGGAAAGCAUUCGCCAAAAGGCACGGUACAGUGACCAAGCUUCUCGACUAAAGAAAAGAAACAUAGCUCGUGAUGUUCGCCGUUUACACUUGGAUGAUGUAGUAAAAAAGUUAAAGGUGCCUUCAACAGAAGAAUUUUCAAGACUGUCUUCUCAACUAAAGAGGCAAAAGAACGUGGAGAUCUUGCAGAGAAUACGUCUUGGUCUGAGCAGUAGUCAAGAAAAUAUCACCAUUUUCUUGAAUAUGCAAGGUGCAUUAUAUUCAUUAAUUGGAUGCUUGACAAGUCAUGAGGCAAGUGUAGAGAGAGAAGCUGCAUGUACUCUAGUCAACAUAGCUCUCGGAACUGAGAAACAGUGUUUAGAAGUGUGUCAGAGGGCAGGAAUAUACCUUAUUUUGCAAAUGACUAACACUAAUCCUGACCUCCAGGAUCCAUGUGCAUGGUGCAUUGGUAAUUUAUGUGGAGCACAUGUGAGUGUAUGCAAGUUGUUGAUGACUCAAGGAGUUGAGGAUAGCUUGAUAAAUCUACUUAAUUCUCAUUCACCACAUGUAUUGCAAUCUACAGCAUAUGCUUUAAUGCAGUACCUCUCAACUGUUCCUGAAAGAAUUAAGGAGAUGUGCAAACCAAAUAUGGUGCAAAAGCUCAUUAGUGCCCUAAAUCAUGGUGAUCCUGUAGCAGAGGUGGGCUGGUGCCUCUUUGUGUUAUCAAUGCAUCAAGAAAUGUGUUCCCUCCUGGUUGACCAAGGCAUCAUUGAAGCAGCUUUUACAGUUAUGGAGCAAUUAAUUAAUGAGCAAAAUCUGAAUUUUUCUGCAAUUACUCCAGUGGUACGAGUGGUGAUGAACUGUGUUGGUGUUGUACCAGGAACAGCAGUGCAGGUGUGUUACCGCAGUGAACAGCUUGUACAGGUUACAAAAGCCCUACUUUAUUCACCUUAUCCUCACCUGCGUAAUGAGGCUAUUCACCUUCUAGCCAAUGUUGUGAAUGGUGCAUCUAAAGAAUCAUUAACAGGUCAGUGCAUUGUUGAUGACUUAAGUCUGCAGCUGCGGCUAGAAUGUGCUGUGCGCAGUGCUCUUGCUGCAAACUUUUCUUCUGGUCCGCCAGACACUACCAGUUUUCAUGGCAUUUUAUAAAGCUACCAGCUAUUGUCUUCUUUUUAACUUGUGUAAACAUUGUAACAGUUUUGUAAUUAUAAUUGUAAAGGUGAUUUUUUUUUAAUGCAUUUGAUAUAUUUUUUGGUUAUAGACUUUUUCCUUGACAUUUAGAAGCGUUUAGCUCAGGAUUACAAUUUCUAGAAUUUGUUCCAAGUUUAUUUUUAUUUGAAUUAUGAAAGUGCUUCAGAUUUAUUAAUUAAUGAAAGACAUUUAUUCCCAUCACCAGCAUUGCAGUAUAGAAAAAUUGCCUUUUAAACAAAAAAGUUUGAUAGUUUUGUUUGUGAAGUAUUUAUUCAGACACAGGAAAGUUAACCCUUUUGCUGUCCAGACCUCUGAUCUGAAACUUGCCCUCUGCAUCCAAGAAUUAAAAAAAAAAAAAAAAAAAAAAAAAAAAAAAA